AUGGGCCGUCGACGCAAAAACCGUACUCAUCUCAAGGGUGGUGUUGCCUCCAGUCCUGCAACUGCGGAGGGAGUCCCGAAGUCAUUCGUGAUCAAGCAUGGCCAGGUCGGCACCUCGCUCACGCAGCUCGUGCGGGAUGUGCGCAAAGUCAUGGAGCCCUACACUGCCAGCCGUCUUAAGGAACGACUUUUUCACCAUGGCGCCCGCCCUGGGGGUCACGCAUUGCUUGCGUUCACACUGACGGACGUCGCACCCUCGUUGCGUAUCGUGCGCCUGUCUGCGGGACCGACGCUCAGCUUUAGGAUUGAGCGGUAUAGCCUUGUCAAGGAUGUGCUCAAUACCUCGAGGAGAGCGCGGAGUAUUGGCAAUGUCGAGUACCUGACGCCGCCGCUACUUGUUCUGGCAUCCUUCCCUCAACCAGGGCCAGGGACGCCUCCCCAUCUCCCCCUCCUCAUGAAGACCUUCCAGACACUCUUCCCCCCGCUCUCCCCCCAAAAGCUGUCCCUCUCCUCAGCACGGCGCAUCGUUCUCAUCUCCUACAACGCCGAUCACGGCACGGUCGACUUCCGGCACUAUCUCAUCACUGUCAAGCCAUACGGCGUCUCCAAGCGCGUCCGGCGCGUCCUGGACAGCGCCACCACGAAGGCGUCCUCUUCGUCGAAGGCUUACCUCGACCUCGGCAACGAGAAGGACGUCGCGGACUUCUUCCUGCGAAAGAAGGGCGAGCCGGGCCCCUCCUCGGACGGCUAUGAGAGCGCCGCGUCCUCCGCCGAGAGCGCUGCGGGGGACGAUGCAGACGCUGUGUCGUUGGCAGACGACUACGUCGGGCGCAAUAACAAGAAGGGCCAGAAGCGUGCUGUGCGGCUGGACGAGAUCGGUCCGCGGAUGGAGCUUAAGUUGAUCAAGAUUACGGAGGGUCUGCCUGGGAAGGAGGGCGGCGUCAUCUAUCAUGAGUUCGUCACAAAGUCGAAGGCUGAGAUCGCCACGCAGAAGGCGGAGCAUGCGGCGAAGGAGAAGCUCAGGCAACAGCGUAAGGAAGAGCAGGAACGGAAUGUUCAGCGGAAGAAGGCGAUGGCUGGUGGCAAGAAGGCUGGGUCGGAGGGUGCAGACGAAGACGAAGAUGUAGAGGAGGACGAGAAUGGUCAGGAGGGCCAGGAACUGGAAGAUGACGGUGUCUGGGAUGACGAGGAGGAGUAUAGCGGAGGCGAGGAGGACGAGGAUGCGGGUGCAAGCGAAGCGGAAGAAAGCAGCGAGGAUGAGUCCCAAAGACCACCGCUGAAGAAACCGAAACGGGGCAAACGGUAG